GCGCUGGGGAAGCACGUGAAGAGCGCAACGUCAUCAUAAACACUCGUAGGCAACAUGGCGGCGCCUCCGAGCGGCAAGGUAGUAUAUGAGCAAGAAGAUGUUUUCAUUCAUCCAUCGUGUGGAAAAAAUGAUGACCAGGACAGCUUCGUAUCAGGAGUACUACGUGUCAUAGAAAAGGAAAAUGAAGUAAUAAUAGACUGGAGACCACUAGAUGAUACUUUGGAUACUUCUAAUAUACUCUGUGCUGGAAAGGAUUCCAGUUCUGUUGUGGAGUGGACUCAAACUCCUAAAGAAAAAUGUUCCCGAGGAGUAGACCGUCCGAGCAGUUAUGAAGCAGAAUGGGACAUGGUCACCACAGUCUCCUUUAAAAAGAAACCUCAUUCAAAUGGAGAUGCUACAACUCAUACAAAUGGAGAAAGCAAGUGGUCGUUCCUGUUCAGUUUGGCAGAUCUGAAAUCAAUCAAACAAAACAAAGAAGGCAUGGGAUGGUCUUAUUUGGUGUUCUGUCUGAAAGAUGAUGUGAAACUUCCACCUCUUCACUUUCAUCAUGGAGACAGCAAACUAUUGAUUAAAUGCCUUGAAAAACAUGUUGUGUUGAGUGAAUCUCCUCAGGAUAAACGAGUUCUUCUUGUGAAUUCUCAGAACAAGUCUCUGUCUCAGUCUUUUGAAAAUCUCUUUGAUGAACCAUCAUAUGGCUUACUACAAAAAUUGAAGAGAGAUCCAUACACAGUAACGAUGGGAAGAUUUUCCAAAGUCACAAACUAUAUUUUUGACAGUUUCCGUUCAAGUGACCCUUCAAGUCAAAGGCGACCCCCAUCAGAAAUGGCAGACUUUCUCAAUGAUGCUAUUCCAGGGUUGAAGAUAAAUCAGCAGGAAGAACCAGGGUUUGAAGUCAUUACACGAAUCGAUCUAGGAAAACAGCCUGAAGUUAGUAGAAGAGAGCCUGUAUCAGCUGAAGAAUGGGCUAAGAAUAUGGAUUCUGAAGGAAGAAUUUUAAAUGUCGACUACAUAAAGCAAUCGAUAUUCAAAGGGGGUCUCUGUCAUACUUUAAGAAAAGAGGCAUGGAAAUUUCUUUUGGGGUAUUUUCCUUGGAACAGCACUAAAGAAGAGAGAGCAAAUCUGCAAAAGAGGAAAACGGAUGAAUAUUUUAGGAUGAAACUGCAGUGGAAAUCAGUCAGUGAGGAACAGGAAAAACGAAAUUCAAGAUUAAGAGAUUACCGGAGCCUUAUAGAAAAAGAUGUAAACAGGACAGAUAGAACAAAUAAGUUCUAUGAAGGCGAAGAUAAUCCAGGAUUGAUUUUACUUCAUGAUAUUUUGAUGACGUAUUGCAUGUAUGACUUUGAUUUAGGUUAUGUCCAAGGGAUGAGCGACUUGCUUUCACCUCUCUUGUAUGUUAUGGAGAAUGAAGUAGAUGCUUUUUGGUGCUUUGUAUCAUACAUGGAGCAAAUGCAUCAGAAUUUUGAAGAACAGAUGCAGGGUAUGAAGACACAACUAAUUCAACUGAGUACUUUGCUUCGUCUAUUAGACAGUGGAUUUUGCAGUUACUUAGAAUCUCAAGACUCAGGCUACCUUUAUUUUUGCUUCCGAUGGCUUCUCAUCAGAUUUAAAAGGGAAUUUAGCUUUCAAGAUAUUCUUCGACUCUGGGAGGUCAUGUGGACGGAAUUGCCUUGCCAGAAUUUUCAUCUUCUCCUUUGUUGUGCUAUCUUAGAAUCGGAAAAACAGCAAAUAAUGGACAAGCACUAUGGCUUUAAUGAAAUAUUAAAGCAUAUCAAUGAACUGUCUAUGAAAAUUGAUGUGGAAUAUAUACUUUGCAAAGCAGAAGCAAUUUCUAUGCAGAUGAUGAAUUGCAAGGAAUUGCCUCAAGCAGUGAGUGAGAUCCUGGGGAUAGAAAGCAGUUCUGUAACACCAGAUUCGGAUACCGGAGAGGAGGAAAGCGGAGCCGCGUUGAGCUGCCGUACGCCGUUAUACCAGAGCAUCCCAACACCCGUAAUUGCUGCCAAUGGAACGAGCGACAGCACUCAGCAGGUGCCUGAGCCGCAGAGCUUGACGCCCGCGUAAUUACCAUUGGUUACGGUGAAGAAAGACUUUUCCCGAGCACGCUUUUUUCAAGCACUUGAGAGAUGGGUAUUUAAAAUUUGGUGUUGAUUGAGCUUUAAGGUUGGAAAGAAAAAUCUGUACUGUAAUGCUCUUGCAUUAAAGCUUUACAACAUGACUCAA